AUGGAGGAUGAGAUCGCUUUUCUUUCUAAAGAGGAAGACUUCCGUAGAACCUUGUUGCAGCGGACGACAUCUUUUGAGAAGAAAAUUGCAGAGUAUGAACGGAUUGUUAGAGAAAAGGACGAGCAGAUUGCUGAACUACGUAGUAAUGUCGAACAUUUGGAGAACCAGCAUUGUACGGCAGUUACUGAAAGAUUCCCGAAAGGGGCAGAGCACGAGGAGAUACGCCGUUUGGAAAACGAGUUGAAGGUGACUGUUACGCGAUUGAAAAACGCUGAAGCUUCUCCGUCAAGAACAGCCGAAAUGAAUCGCCUUAGGUCACUUUUGGAAGAGAAGGAAAAGAAACUGACUGCCUCGCGACGGCAGUACAGACAACUUCUCCGAAAAGUGGAGACCUCACUGGUUCACCUGGAGGAGCAGCAGCUGAAAACGAAAAAGAAACUAGAACAGAGCAUCAUCGGUAGUUGA